AUUGGAAAAGAGUGAGAAACAAAAAAAUGGUAUCCAAUUGAUGCACAUGUAUUUUGUGCAUUCCCUUUGUAAUUCAAUAUAUUGCAAAUGGUUUCAUAUUGCGCAUAUUCCAACAUUUUUGUUGUUAUUAUUUUCAUUUUCAAGACAAUUUAAGAAAUUUUUUUGCGUUUGUUUUUAUAUUUUCUGAAAAUCAGUGUCUAACUAAUAUGGUUACGUGUUAUGUGAUGAUCAUACCAUGAUAUCAUAAUCAUCAUCAUCAUCAUCAUCAUCAUAAUGAUUCUUGAUUGAUCAUCAUCAACAUCAUUCCUUCGAUUUGCCUUGAUAUUACGAAUCAUCAUUUAGUAUAUAUAUAGUUUGGCAAGAGAAAAACUACACAAAUCUAUCAUCAUUAUCAAUAUUAUUAUUAUUAUUACUACUGCUCCUGCUACUUCUGCAUAUAUGUUCCUAUGUGUUGUGUUAUAAAUAUAUUAAUUUUUAAGCGAUAAUUGAUAUUUGAGCUAUAAGAAAAAAAUUUUUUUUUGUGUACAAAGCACAUUUACAUCACUGUUGUUCAACAAACAACAUUCCCGAUUAUUUUUUAUUUUCGAAUAUUAUAAUUAUUCAUGUGUGCUUGUGUGUGUGUAUGUGUAUGUGUAUUGAUUCAUCAAUCGAAUAGUGAAUAAUAAAAAGAUUUAUAUUCAAUCAAUAAGUAUUUUGACAACGAUUUAUAAUCAUAUCUUGACGAUUUUCAAUCAAUCCAUAAUCAUCAUCAUCACGUUUAUUAAGACAAUUUUCAAUUUUUUCCAAUAGAUCAUUUGAAGCAACAAAAAAAAUUGAAAUAAAUAAACAAUUGUGAACAACAUGUCAACCGAAUCGAAAGCUGAUGUUCGUACAGAACAGCCUCAACAACAACAACAACAACAACAACCAAAACAACAGCAACAACAAAGUGGUUCAGCAAUGGAUGUAUUGAAUUUUACAAAUACCAUAUUGGCCAUUUUGAUUGUUUAUGUUUUGUAUAAAUUAUUUGGAACGAAAAAAAAAAAUGAUGAACGUGAACGAUUUCGAUUACCGGAUCCAUUACCUAAACAUGAUAUGACAUUGGAUGAAUUACGACGUUAUGAUGGCACUGCACCGGAUAAACGUGUAUGCAUCGCUAUAUUAGGUCGUGUUUAUGAUUGUACAAAAGGUUAUGAUUAUUAUGGCCCUGGUGGUGCUUAUUCUACAUUUGCCGGUCGUGAUGCAAGUCGUGCAUUGGCUAAAUUUGAUGUGAUGGCCGUCAAAGAUGAAUGGGAUGAUAUUACCGAUUUAGAUCAGAAUGAAUUAUCAUCCGUUAUGGAAUGGAAUGAACAAUUUCAGGAAAAAUAUGAUUAUGUUGGCCGUCUAGUACGAUCCAAAGAGGAGAUAUUAGAACGUGCCGAUUUUGAAGAAGAUUUAGAUGUCCAUAAUGGAGCACAACAACAACAACAGCAGCAGAAAUCAUCAACAAAAACUCAUAAACAACAACAAUCAUCAACAAUAACCGAUGAUGAUGAAAUUGAAGUCAUCAAUAGCAGUGAACAAGAAUCAAAUAAUGGUAAUAUGGGUAUUACAGAAACGAUUGGUAAAAAAGUUUCAUUUUUAGAUGCCAAACACAACGAUGAUGAUGAUGAAAAGAAAUUGUCCGAAUCAUCCGAUGAAAUUGAAGUGAUUGAAUCAGCAGCAGCAGCAGUAGCAGCAACAAUAACAACGACGACUACCAAGCAAUAAUUUUGAAAAAGAACGACGAAAUUAAAAACGUAACAACAACAAAAAUGUCCAGAAGAAUUAACAUAUUUCUUAUCAUUAUCAUUUUACCAUCAUUAAAAAUCAUCAUUUUUGUCUCCAUCAUCAUCAUCUUCAUCAUCAAAUGACACUAUUCAUGAUGAACCGUUUUGAAACAAACAAAAUCAAACCAUAUUCAUUGACAGAUUGCACACAUGCAUUAAAAAACAAAUCAUUUAUACUUCCGGGAGAGAAUAUAUUUUUUCAAACAAUAACUACAGCAACUUUUGGUGAUGGAUGGAUAAUUUUUUUUCUUGGAUAAUUUCAUUGCUUAAAAAUUUUGUUUGUUUUUUUUCCUUUUUUUUCAUUUGCUUCCAAAUCCAAUCCACCAUCAUUCCACAAACACAGAACGAACUUGUCGCUUAUAUACAACAACAAAAACCUAAAUGACAAUUUUGUUGGAAAACAUAAAAAAAACAAAAUUUUUUUUUUUAAUUUUUAUAAUUCAUAAUCAUCAAAUAUAAAUCGCCACAAAUGUAUAAUUUAACCAUUCAUAAUGUCUCCGAAUCACAUUCACACACGCAGCGGACGGACAUCAUUUGAUUGGGCCAAACAUCAUCAUUCUUUUUAUUUGCUAAAAGACUUUUGUUGAAUAAAAAGUUUUUUUCUUCAAA